AGGAGAGUGUGCGUGUGCGUGCGUGUCUGUGUGUGUGUAUGUGUGUGAGAGAGAGAGGGGUUAGGUUGGAGCAGGUGAUCGAGCCACAACAAACCUCCAAGGGGCUGAUCGCUAAGAACAGUGCGUACAGGAUUCCUGUCCCGAUCAUGGUGCCAGCAAGCAUCCGCGGACCCUGUGCCACCAUCCUGGCGCUGGCCCUUCUCCUGGGAUGCUGCGUUACUUUUUCCCUGGGCCAGAAUGACACGGAGCCUAUCGUCCUGGAAGGAAAGUGCUUGGUGGUCUGUGACUCGAAUCCCUCCUCGGACGGAGGGGUCACUUCCUCGCUUGGGAUAUCCGUCCGAUCUGGCAGCGCAAAGGUGGCUUUCUCGGCGGUCAGGGGGACAAACCACGAGCCGUCGGAAAUGAGCAACACAUCCAUGACCAUCUACUUCGACCAGGUAUUAGUUAAUAUUGGGAACCAUUUCGACCUCAAAGCGAGUGUGUUCCAAGCGCCAAGGAGAGGGAUUUACAGUUUCAGCUUUCAUGUGGUUAAGGUCUACAACAGACAGACCAUACAGGUGAACCUGAUGCAGAAUGAAUACCCGGUGAUAUCAGCCUUCGCAGGGGAUCAGGAUGUCACCCGGGAGGCGGCGAGCAACGGAGUCCUGCUGCAUGUGGAGCGAGAGGACAGAGUUUACCUGAAGCUGGAGAGAGGCAAUCUCAUGGGCGGAUGGAAAUACUCCACCUUCUCUGGCUUCCUAGUUUUCCCUUUAUAAUCUUUUUCUUUAUUUUUUCCUCUUCUUCUUCUUCUUUUUUCUUCAAACGUUUUGGUUCCAAGUGACUCUUCCGCGGUUGAAGACAAUGAUGAGAAAAAUUGCGCCAUUUGAAGGAAAACUGUCCUCAAGACAGACAGAUUACCACUCAGUUAAAUAUAUGAAUAUAUAAAUAUAUAUAUUAUAUAUACGGACGUUUCCUUUGGAGUUCACACUUCCAGCUCAUUGAUUGCAGUUAUCUAUAGGAUAAAAAUGAAUUAAUCAAUCGGCCUGUGCAGUUUUACACGAGUGAAGUUCAAUGUUCAUUCUUUGGAUUUCAUUGUUUGGGGGAAACCAUUGACUCUUAUCUGCAGACUGUUCGGUGUGUUUUGGACAACUGAACAAACAGGGGUGUCCGAGCCGAAGAAUUAAAGCCCUGAACUACGUGUCAAUGCUUUAUUUUGUGUUUGUAUAGCCUUAAAGAAAAUGAUAAUAAUAAUAAUGAUAUUAUUAUUAAUAAUAAUGGCUUCAGUCAAGUAAUGUGUGUGGAAUUCUGGACGCUCCUCUGUAUCAAGAAGUGCUUUAUUGCCAAAAGCAUUUUUUUUUUUUUUUUUUUCUUUUUUGCACGAAUGGAAGAUCUUUAGUUUUGUACUGGUCCUGGUGUUUCUGGAUGCUAAACACGUCGAAGAGAUGUCAGUUAAUAGCCGCCUAUUGUUUUAAAAGACGAUUGCAAAGAAAAGCCGUUCCCAUUUCGGCCGGUGGACACACCGAGGAACUAUUUUACUAAGCGAUGAUUAACCUGAUUUACGAAAUACAUGAUAUUUACGGUUAUUGGUCCGUUCCACAUCUCCGAUCUGCGUAGCUUUGACUCAUUUAUCUGUUCAGUGACGUUGCUCACGGUUGUAUCUUGUGAAAAAGAACUACAGAGAAAUCCCAAUAUAAUUAU